AUGGCAUCCGUUUGUCUUCUGACAGUGUCUUCCUUGCUAUCCCCAGGACAGAUGCCACCUUCAGCAUGCAAGAAAUUUCCAUCUCCCACAAAUGGAUUUUUGUACUGUCGAGCUGAUUACUGCAUUAUUCGUUGCAAAGAUGGUUUCCAGUUUGACAGUGAACCGGCAAAUGGCUAUUUGUGCCAUCCAACAGGAGUGUGGACUGCAGUGCCUCCAGAAGAAAGUGUUCCUUGGCCUAACUGCACAUUGAAAGAUAAUCAGAAAAAGUCUCCAGAGAUCUACACAGCUCAUGCAGAGGGACGUGGAGCUACAGCUAUGAAAAUUAAACGACCAAAGAAAUCACAGCAACCGGAUACAAUUCCUCCAACCAUAACAAAUUGCCCAUGGGACAUCACCAUAACCACUGAGACUGAUCCAGUACAGGUCACCUGGGAACAACCUGAAAUUAGCGACAACAGUGGGGUGUUUACUUCAAUAGCUUCAAUAUCCAGUGGCUCCUGCUUCCGGUAUGGAACUCAUCAAGUGCAAUACACCGCCCAUGAUGAAGCAGGAAAUGAAGCCUCCUGCCAGUUUAAAGUUACCAUCAAAAAGCCAGAUCUUUCAUGCACUGCCCAACCUCCCACUGAUGGGUCUUUGGCUUGUGGAACGUUAUCUUAUCCCGGCAGUGGAAUGAACAAAUGGCAGUUUUGUGUACCAUUCUGCAUGAAAAGCACUGGUUUCCAUCGGAGAGCAGGGUCAGUGUUUUUCUGCCAGCCUUCUCAGUCUGGGACAAGUUGGUUUCAUUUGGAUGAAGCCUGGCAAAUGACAAAGGCUCACAUGCCAGAGACUUGCACAGUCAGGCGUCGCACAGGGUCCAGAAGAGGAGAUUCACUACAGUACUAUGAGGGUGACUGCAAUGAACAGGCCGUGAAAAAAAACAUCCUAGCAACUGUGGAACAAAUUGUAGCCAAAGAUCCCUCUGUUAUUUCCCAGUGCAACAAGCACCCAAACACCUGUGGCAAUUUCAGAAUAUCAGAUCUUUCUGUUAACUGUGGGCCUGGAAACAACCAAGGAGAUACUGAACCACCUGUAGUGAUCUCCUGUCCUCAGAACAUUGAGAUAGAAACCAAAAAAGGAAACUCCUACUGGAAUGACUUGCCCGAAUUGUCUUGGAAGGAGCCUGUGUUUGAAGACAACUCCAGGGGUCCACUGACAAUCACAAAAGGAGGGUCCAAUGUUAAUAAUGGAGACAAACUGGCAUAUGGCCAAUAUUCAGUGGAAUAUAUAGCAACAGAUCUUUCAGGAAACCAAGCCAAAUGUUCCUUUGAGAUCUCUGUGAAAUCAAUUGCAUGCACCAUGGAAUUGCCGGAGCAUGGAGCCAUAGUCUGUGGCUAUCCUUCAGUGGAAGGCAUGGACCUCAUGACCAUUGACUGUAUUGUACUGUGUCAAAGCAAAUACCAGUUUAGCAGGGAUCCAUAUCCAAUAUAUGCAUGCUCAGAGGAGGGACUUUGGUGGACCUUCACAAGCACAUUCAUGCCCAUUGGCCCAAAUUUGCCAAGUUUAAACCAUAAGUGCCAAGAACCAAAUAUCCAUAAAAAGCCAAAAGUUGUUGAUCAGAACUUUUACUUUGAUGGUGACUGCCAUGACAGAGCAGUGCAAGACAUGCUGGUAGGACACUUGGAAUAUUUUCAGAGGAAAACUUCAGCUUAUCAGUACUGUGAAUUAAACAGAGAGUUCUGCAGAAAGUGGAAUGGCUACCGCAAUGUAACGGUGUUCUGUGGAAGCACGUGAGAUGGAAUGACUGUAUUGUUUGUUACUUUUUUUUUGGAAUGUAUUUGCAUGCAUGUGUGAGAACUACAUAUUAUCCAAGUAUUCAGACUGUUCCUUGAAAGCAGUUUGUGCUGUAACCUUAUUUCCUCUUGUAAAAUAAAAUUAGGGUAAAAAUAUAAUCACUAUCAUU